CAAAUCAUAGACACAGGCGCGCGCGCACACACAAAGUAACAAUGUGUUCAGAUUUAGCAGCAGUGUUUUAUUUAGGUUUAGAAACAACGGCACAACAUAUACUUUAAUUUCAGCAAUUUGUAAUUUACAUGAUAUUCUGUUGGAAAAACACAUGCUGUAUUUUAGUAUACACCAUUGUAACUGAGGUAAACAGUCAGCCUUAAAGCAUUUAUAAAUGGGCGAAGAGAAACACGAGCCCCCAAGAGAAGUGGCCAACAAAAUGUCCUCCCAUGAUUCCAGUCCAACAGAAGCAACAGAGCUGCCUUCACUGGCCACUAUAGACACCAGCUCAACGAACAACAUCAAUAUGAAACAGUAUGUGAGUGUCAAGCAAUCAUUACCCAAAACGAGGCUGACAAGCACCAUAUUGUACGAGAAUACGAGUCACGACAGACAUUUGGAACUCAAGUUGGCAUCUCUGGAACAUCGAAGAGAGAGAACUCUUGAAGCGUUUGAAAUAAGCAGACGAGCAUUCAUCAAGCAGCAGGCGAAAAAACGUCGGAAAUGGAUGAGAGAGGAUGAGAUCAAGCUAUCUAGCCUCAACCUCCCAAGCUUGUCGCCUGCUGUUGUGGAACGACGACCCAGUGUGGAAGUUGUUUAUCAUUGUAUUCUUAACAAUCCAGAAACUGAAACUAAACAACUCAAACGUAAGCCUGUCCUGCCGAUGCUGAAAAUGCGCAAAGAAAGGACGGAAAUUGUGUCACACCACGAGAAAACGUUCUUAACCCGGCUACCUUCGUAUGUCGAGAUUGACUACAAGGUACAGAACAAGUUUGAUUCCUACAGAGGGAAGGACUUCCUUAACCACGGCUAUCCCUGCAAGGACGAACGCUUUGUCAGGCUACACACUCUACUGCAGCCAAGGCCCAGAAAGAAGCGCUUGUGGGAGAUAUUUUAAACCCCCCACGUACAUCUUUUGAAUUUACAAUUAGAAAGCUAUAUUUACUUUUAGUUGCACUGGUCCUCUGUAACAUUGUUUUGUUUCAUAUUGUCAAUUAAAUGUAGCCUUUUAAUAACUCUUAAGCUAAUUGAAUUGUGAUCGAAAAUGAAUCACUAUAUAUUUGUUUUUCUUCAUUUCUUCAUAUAACUGCCAAUACCUCCAAUACCUUUGUGUUCGUGUUCCGGGUGUCAUUAUAAAUAAACUAUGACUUCUAUAGAGCGCUACUUUCAUGCAUAUAGCAUGCUCAGAAAGCUUUGGUCCAAUCUCAUUUGUGGACCAGUGUGUGUGUGUGUGUGGGGGGGGGUAUCUAGGAGUUGGUUUUCCGUGCUGCCUUUAGGCGCUCAGUAAACACAACUCUGCUCGAAUCGGUUGUCGAACCUCGGGCCUUCAUAGGUAGCCAAGCCUAGCACUUAGCCUCUCGACCACGCUUCCCACAACAAUACCAAGAGAUCUGGACGUUAAACUAGAAUAUUAAUUCAUUUCCAGAAUGUAAUAUACCCUUAAUGGUCCCUGUGUAGCAUGUAUAUUUUUCUCAAAUAGACUGUAAACUGAACAACUUUCAUCAAAUUGUACGGUUUAAUUUGUUCAUAGCAUAGAUUUUAAAGUUUGUUUUAACACCUACACCCCUAGAGUCUUACUAGACGAUUUAUAGACAAGGAAUCACAAACAUUAGCCAUGAAUUUUGCUUCUCACAACUAUACAGUCACUUUAGAAAGUUUAGACACUGCAGCUUCGAGCAUGAUACUUUUAGGAAGAGCUUUCGUGAACUUAAAUUAAUUAUUGAAUAAUGUUUUUUAAAAAUGUAAUGUGAAAGGCUAUUUUUUUAUUUAAAAAAAAAAAGGGAAAUUUAAACUUUCGGAGGAAACCCCGAGUGGAAAUAAACGAGACGAAAGUAGUUCUUUUUUUAUGUUUUUUUUUUUUUUUUUUGGAGGGGGGGGGGGGGGAGAGAAACGGUUUACGUCUUCUGUGCUGUAGAAACGGUUAGUACGCUCUAUGCUUUUAAGGAGGGUCAUGUUAUGCUUUAAUUUGAAAAGUAUUGGAUAAUCUUGUGGUUUUAUGGAAUUUAAAUACAGAAUAAAACGUUUAAGAGG